AUGGAGAGGUCCGGAACGCUGCCUCACCAGAGCAGCUCUGGCUUAGAUGCCAGCAUCUCGAGCUUGAACUCGGUCGACCAAGAGACAUCCGCAACCUCAAGCGCAAACAUCGACACACAGCCAUCGCGGUGGACGUCAACGACGACUUCACUGGUGGCUUCGCCCUUUGCGUCGAGGGAACCUUCCCCAACGAGAACGUCCUAUCCCAAGACCGGAAGAACAAGCCGCUCAUCAACAACGAGAUCGAGGAAAAAUAGCAAUACGAGCGUCCAGGACCCUAGCCCUUCGAGGUCGAGGUCUCAUCUCCCACCGACAUCCGCACCACGACAACAAAUAUCAGCCACCAACACUCCCACCUUACCACCGCCAUCGGGGAAAGAGCCCGGACAACGCGCGCCACAGCCACAGAAGCCUUCUGUUGCCGCCGAAAGGUCGAGGGAUACACCUAAGUGGCCUGUGUCGCCCCGACUGAAAUCUCCACCACCAGCCCUGAAUAGGCCAGCUAUUCCGCUGUCAUCUGGCAAGAGCGAGCGCGAGCCGCCUUUGAUAAACGUACAAAGGGCAACCCCUUCACCGCAUCCGCUGCCGUCGGAGCCCUCAUCGCAGGCUCCCUCGGACACAGAAGGAGAUGAUGCUGCGAACCUCGAACCCGGUGUGAGAACACCGGUCAGAGGACCAAGUGGAGGUUCUUCGCAACUGGAAACUGUGCAGGAGGUCAGCCAGCCCAACACUCCUGGGCCGGAUUUGGACAUGGCUGUCGAGAAGCUGUCUCAAGCUAGCAUGGCUGAAGGACAAGGACGCAUGUUCAGACCAGACGAUGCAGUCAACAAGACGCUCAAAAACCAGUCCGGCAGUAACAGCGAAAGUGGCAGCGACAGCGGAAGCGUAAAAAUAAGUACGAGAAGAUCCAGCGCCGCAGCCCCCUCACCGCUAUUGCAUACCAGACAAUCGAGCUCGGCUCUGCGGUUUGGCGGUAAGGCGCCGCCGAGCGACAUGUCGAAACACAUCAUGGUCGAAGAGGAGGAAGUCAGCUCAGGCCCACGCCUAGCAUUGGGGUUAAACUCAGCGAUCCAGGCAGUCAACGGCAGUUUGAAGGCCAAGCCCAGCACAGAGACGAUACGGCCACGGAAGGAUAAGAAGAAACCGACGAGGAAAGCAGCGUCGGUAGCUUCUGGCACUGGUGAGACCCCGACUCUUCUUGCAGCAAGACCAACGUCAGCACAGCUUCGGCAUCAGCGCUCGAUCAGGUCGAUGUCUUCAUCGAUUCCUUGUCGUUCGCCGAAACAACCGAAGCACGGCCAAGGGCCGAACGUUGAAGAACCCAUGUAUUUGCGAUCUCCUUCAAGGAAGGGAUCGCGCACUCCAAGUUUGACUGCUCAUGUGACCAAUUUACUAAUCGGAGGCCCUCGUCCAGCAUCAUCCAAGGCAGACAUUUUCGAGGCCAAAGUUGCCAGCGCAGUCGAGGAGAACAACUCCUCCGACUCUGAUGAAACCUUUGUCUAUGACUCUAACCCACCGGACGCCCCCGACAGGCCACGCCGUUAUCACUCCCGUACACCAAGUGCGACUUCCAUGGUUAGUCAAGCCGACCGCGGUGGAUUACGCCCGAUACACACCAUGCUAGAUAGCGGCCCUGUCAACCCUGCUAUCAAGAAGAGCAUGAAGUUCGUCAACACCUACAAUAGCAGCGGAGCGGACACCCUGACCGGUGACGACGACGGCAAAGGUACUGGGGGGCGUAGCAAUGCCGGCUCAGCACGCGGCACCGGCAGACACCACCAUCACGGCAACCGCUGGGGCCGUAAUGGCAGCAGCACCCACCUCUCUCUUUUCGAUAACGAGUCACCAUUUCCUAAUGCCGCACGGUCGAAGCUCUCUACCAACCAACCAAGACAUCCAUCUAAUCCUCCUAGUCCUCGAUUCGCCCAUGGCCGCGGUGGGCUCCAGAACAGCAAACGUCAAAUGGCCAUGGUCGGUGGCUAUGACCUAGAUGAUUCGGCCACAGCUGGAGCCGACGAUGAACGUACCCCUCUACUUCAGUUAAAUGGCAACCAAUCCGUCAGGUCGAAUCGGAGCAGACGCACCAUGGUCAGAAGUCACAGUGACAUAGAGGCUGGUCGUUAUCGUUCUCGGCCAUCGUUCUUAAAUCGUUUCGCGAGUUGUUUAGUACUCACCAUCAUGUUGUUGCUGGUCAUUAUGGGUGCAGUCGGCUUCAUGUUUGCCACGUCCCAACCCCUGACAGAUAUCGAACUCGUCAGCAUUGGUAAUGUGCUUGCAAGCGAGCAGGAAUUAAUGAUGGACAUUGUGGUCAAGGCACAUAAUCCCAACAUAGUUGUUGUGUCGGUGGAUGCAGCGGAUCUUGAGGUUUUCGCGAAAUCACCACAUGCAGGUACUGAUUCGGAAUGGUGGCGACACCCUCAAGAUGUAGAAAUCCUGGAUGAUCCACCAAGUGACCCACCGGGCGACUUCCCCGAGGACGGGAAAUCUCCAAAUAUGCGGCUUGGAAAUAUCAUGGAACUUGACAGCCCUUUGAGCUUCGAGGGCUCCUUCUUCCAGUCUGGCAACUCCAUGUCUUCUAGCGAGCUACGUCUGGUCCGCCCCGGCAACGGUACAGAUGGCGGAUCUGAACGUUGGGAACGUAUACUGGAAGACGAGUUUACUCUGAUCCUGAAGGGUGUACUCAAGUACACGUUGCCACUGAGUCAAAAAGUCAAGAGCGUCUCGAUCUCAGGCAAGGCCACUGUCAAACCAAAUUCGGCUAGCGAUCCGGUUUUGAGGAAACCAAAUGGGACCGACUUCGAAGUCGGGAUCCUGUAG